AUGGACCCGGAUAAGGUUCGUGCCAUUAUUGAUUGGCCCACUCCCGAGACUUUGACUCAACUCAGGGGAUUUGUUGGUUUAUGCGUCUUCAACCGUCGGUUUGUUAAUGGAUUCUCACGACAUAUCGCACCACUUACUGAUUUGACAAAGAAGGGAGCAUUUGUUUGGACACAUCUAGCACAAGAGUGUUCAGAGAAGUUAAAACAGUUGAUGACUACAUGUCCAGUUUUAGCUUUGCCAGAUUUCACCAAACCUUUUGAGCUUCAUUGUGAUGCUUGUGCAGAGGGUAUUGGUGCAGUGAUUAUGCAGGAUCGUCAUCCUAUAGAUUUCAAGAGCAGGAAGCUAAGGGGUCUUGAGAGGAGCUACAACAUUUAUGACAAGUAA